CUCUCUUCCAACCCCUUUUCCUUCUCCUUUUCCGCAGUGGAAGCCGUGGCAGCCCUGGGGAACAAGGUGGUGGAGAGCCUGAGGGCGCAGGACCCCAGCGAAGUGCUGACCAUGCUGACCAACGAGACGGGCUUCGAGAUCAGCUCUGCCGACGCCACGGUGAAGAUCCUCAUCACCACUGUCCCGCCCAACCUGCGCAAGCUGGACCCGGAGCUGCACCUGGACAUCAAGGUGCUGCAGAGCGCCCUGGCCGCCAUCCGGCACGCGCGGUGGUUCGAGGAGAACGCCUCGCAGUCCACGGUGAAGGUCCUGAUCCGGCUGCUCAAGGAUUUGAGGAUCCGCUUCCCGGGCUUCGAGCCGCUCACGCCGUGGAUCCUGGACCUGCUGGGGCACUACGCCGUGAUGAACAACCCCACCCGGCAGCCCCUGGCCCUCAACAUCGCCUACAGGCGGUGCCUCCAGAUCCUGGCGGCCGGGCUGUUCCUGCCCGGCUCGGUGGGCAUCACAGACCCCUGCGAGAGCGGCAACUUCCGCGUGCACACCGUGAUGACGCUGGAGCAGCAGGACAUGGUGUGUUACACGGCCCAGACCCUCGUCCGCAUCCUGUCCCACGGGGGCUACCGGAAAAUCCUGGGGCAGGAGGGAGACGCCAGCUGUGAGUGGGGGUGUCUCUGUGGGAAUGGGGCUGGAAUCCCAGGGGUAUCCAGGGGAAAUUGGGGCUGGAAUCCAGGGGGUAUCCAGGUGGGAAUGGGGCUGGAAUCCCAGGGGGUAUCCAGGUGCUCCUAA